AUGACGAGACACCGAACAGCCAGAGAAGCCAUCAAUAUAGUUGGAAAUAUUGCUAACAAAUUAUUUGAUGUUUUAGAUUCAGAAUAUGCUGAAACGAUUUCUAAAACUCUAACUCAAAUCAGCAAUAAUGAAGAUGUACUAUCAAAAAUGAUCAAAAAUCAGAUUACAGUCAUGGACUCAACGCUAAAUAUAUUCAGCAAAACUACAGAAGCCGUUGCAGUUAAAAUGAAUCAACUACAAGAUGAGACAAACAAAAUAGUAGAUUACACUAAUCAUAAUACUAAACCUAAUAGUCUUCCAUUUAAUCAAGAGGACGUUAUUCAUUUAUACACGUUGAUGUCUUCACAAAGUGGAAUCACACAAGAUCAUUUGAUAGUUGUCUUACAACUGCCAUUAAUCUAUCAUGAGGAUUUCGAUUUAUUCAAUCUCGUCCCAAUUCCUGCAACAGUCAACAAUACAAUGAUGACAAUAGUUCCAGAAGCUUCAUUUUUAGCUGCCACGCCGCAUAGAGACCAAUAUUUUGCCUUAACUCGUGAACAGUAUAAGGAGUGUAUGACUUUCAAGCAACCAGAAAACAAACUACUCUGUUUGGAUAAACAAUCAAAAUAUAACAUCGGCUCACAGGCUUACGCUUGCGAAUUUAACCUAUUAAAAAACAUAUCUGACAAUACGUGUAAUGUGCAGGAAACAAAAUCGAACAUUAUUUGGAGUCCCCUGUAUCAUGCGAACCAAUGGAUAUUCGGGUCAAAAAACAAUACAACAGUUACGGCCGUCUGUAAGGGCAUCACGACUCAUUUAGAACUACAAGGUGCAACACUUCUGAAAUUACAAGACGACUGUGUACUCAAACACCAAACGUAUACAAUUCAGACACAUCAAACGCUUACCGACACCAUGUAUGAAUCUUACAUUGCAUUUGGAAGUUCACUGAAUCUGAGCAAUGAACUUAAACAGUUAAAGCUACUUCACAAUACUCUGAAAGAUGAAAAAUUCGCUGAAUUACCACACAAACUACAGACGGACAGCAUGCAUCACUACGCAAUUAAUUCCACAACCCUAAUUCUUGUCGUUGGAGCCAUCAUAUGGAUGAUAUGGAAAAUAAAGCAGGUAAAGCGUCCAGAAGUCAAUCAGCCAACACAAACUCUCACACCAAACGCGAUGCCACGAACGAGAUUUACGUUGGAGCCUGAAACAAUUACAUAG